AAACUACUCAUUAUAUUCAGGGCAUUUCAACAACCAUAUUAAUAAGUUAUAUUGUGCCAAAAAAUAUGAGUGUAGAAGUUUUGGACAGUGAGACGAUCCUUAACUUCGUGGAAGAUGAAGAAGCGUUCAGCGAAUUCAUCGCAGAACGGUUUACCAUUCUCGAUAAAAACAACGAUGGCAUACUUUCUUAUUCGGAAAUGCUACACGAGUUACAGGGGUUGAGGGUCUUCGAUACACAUUUUGGUAUCGAUGUGAAAAUGGAUCCUAACGAGGUUUCUCGAGUUUAUAGCACAAUCUUCUUUCAAUUCGAUCACGACUCUAAUGGGACGGUCGAUUUCGAGGAAUUUAAACAAGAAAUGAAGGAGAUGAUGGUGGCUAUGGCUAAUGGUUUAGGGUUCUUGCCGGUUCAAAUGGUACUCGAAGAGAACGGUUUCUUGAAGAAAGCCGUCGAUAGGGAGCUAAUGAUCAUCAGUACUCCGCAUGUUGGUGUUUAAAAAGACAGCUCGAUACACUAAAACUUUGUUAUGCACGAAAAUUGAAGAAGGGUCAGUUCACACGAAUAAUCAUCACUCCGCAUGAUUUCGCUUAAAAUGUUAAUUUAAUAAUAAUGUUAAAUUAUAUUUUAUAUUUUGUAAUAUUAAUUUUCUCUAAUCUUGGUUUAUGCAAUAUCAUUAGAAAUUUGAGUUGUAACAUUUUGAAAUAAAUUUGAUAUCAUGAGU